CUCUGCGUCUUCGUAACUGAUAAUUCAUUGAACUAAGGCACAUGGGAAACUGGUAAGGCAGCUAAUUAAUUGGUAUACGUCAAUGGCCUUUGUCCUCAUUGUCUGCUACAUGGGCAUAUGACCCUCGUCACCACUACCCAUGCAGCUCCAUUUCCUUCUAUAAAUGCUAUCAAACUUUUCUUCAAAGCUCCCCUUACCCAACUCUUGCAAAACUAAAAUACUCUCGUUUCAAGAAAAUCAUGAAGAGGCAGAGAAAUGUGGAUGCUGAAAAUACCAAAGCUACAAAUAGGGCGGCAAUGGCGAAGAAGAUGAAGGCCAAGAGGGCAGUUGAGAAAGUGCAAGAUAAGAAUAUUGGCGGCGAGUGGACUCAGGGAUUUGUGGAGAAUUGUAUAAAUUGGGAGGAGUUGCCAUGGUUAGGAGGGGUUGUGGAUGAGCAAAUGUCUUGGGGUUCCAUCUGGUUGCCCUUCUGGGACGUGCAGUAUAUGGGUGAGGCCUGUACUGAAAUGUUUAGUGAUGUUGUCUGGGAUUAUGAUCUUUGGAACUUGAGGAGCAUCAACUAGUUUCAAAAGCUGUCGCCGAGAGAUGGCAACUUUGAUUUGUUUUAAUUACCGACAGAAUUUAUUGAUGAUAGUUUAAUGUUAAGGAAUUUGCUUCUUAA